GAAAAAAUGACUAAAAUUAUAUCAUCGAUUACAUUGCGGCUCGAAAUUGGCUCGCGUAAGUUCGUUUCCAAGAGUUAUCGAUAGCGUAGCAACGCUUAUUAUAAGUAACAGUGACUCCGCUCUUGAAUGUGAUUUUUACAUUAUGUGUCUAUGCCUUGGUCCUGCUAAAUCUGGCAAAACAUUUUUAAUGAAGCGUUUGCAAGGAGACGAAAUGGACGACGCCACGCAUACCGUUAACACCAAUGGCAUAAAUCUGUUUACCAUAAAAAAUAACACCGGAGAGUUUGACAUGAUCGUUAAAGAAAUCGGUGGUGAUAUGGCUCCAAUAUGGAAGUUUCAUUUUAACAAGAUACGAAACAUUAUUUAUGUAGUGGAUGCGAGCAAUCUAUGCCAAAUAAGUUUAGCAGUGGUGCAAUUUUAUUCUCUGUUAGUCGAGCCAAAACUGCGGAAGAUAAAAAUCGCAUUAACACUCAACAAAAUGGAUCUUUCUUAUCGUCAAAUGCGCAACGAAGCCUUAUUGAUGCUUGAAUUUUCGCGCAUACAAAAAGAAGUCAAGCAGGAACUCUCCUUAUUUGAAACUAGCGGUAUGACUGGCCAAGGUGUAGAAGAAUUACGAAACUGGUUAUUCGAUCCAGCCACGCUAAAAGCAACAAUAAACGCGAACAAAUAAAAUUACCAUGAGUAUGAUCGAUUUCCAUUCGUUUAUUCCUUGUAUUAAUAGUAAGUAAUCUUACACAAUCAUAUAUACAAACAUUCUUCGAAUAACUUGUCUUCUUUAAGAUUAAAGUCGCCAUUAAUUCAGUGUAUACUGCAUACUUAGAGCAAAUAAAUGCACUGAGUUUGCACACGACGGAAAGGGAAAGGAGAAGAAACAGAAUAAGGAGGGAAUAUGAAAAUUUAAAGAUGGCGCCAUUUGUGACAGGUGGCGCCGUUUGCGGUAAAAUUUCGAAAAGAAUUAAGGGGUUGCACCAAAGCUCUAUGGCGCCUGACCAUACUACCUUCCGUAUGUAGGCACCGAAGCUCUCGGAUGCCUGAUCGCUUUGCGACUUUCUUCCAGAAAAGUAGGAGUGGAAGAAUUAUCCAUCGUAAAUGGGAUUGGAUGAUGCUAAUGGAUUUCCAUUGGCAAUCCAUUAGAAUCGUCCAAUCCCAUUUACGAGGUUUCUUCUCCGCCACUAGGAGCAGAUUUCGAGCAGAAUCCUUAACACCAUUGGGCACACUAGACACCACAGGACACACUGGCCUUGAUACGAUACCUGGCGUCGCCACGUUAGGUGCAGUCAGAUGACGAUGACUGUGGCGUAUGCGCGCGCGUGUGUGGACUUUCCUUUUCCCGUAUAAAAGUAUGUUAUACUGGGGAACAACCACCUUCAUGCCAGUGUUAUCCCCACUCCGUAUCACCGCUGCCGGUUUCCAUCGCAAUCUGGGCACACAGUGGAGGGAAGAACUCACAAAUGAGACUUGAUGAUGCUAAUGGAUUCCAAUGGCAGUGUCGUCACUACACUCCACCACCCUGUAUUAAAUUUUAUCACUCCACCACUGUUCUGUGACCUAUACCAACCUAUACCAAAGAAAAACACGAAACUGUGUUGUCAACAAGUGUGUGCAUAUAUACGUAUGCACACGCACGUACGGGCGCGCGCACACAUUGAACCAAAUGUUUAAAUCGAAGCAGAAGUAUUAUUCGGUCCAGAAAAUCAAUUAUGUACUUUGUGCUGAACAUUAUGAAUUAUUAAUUGAUGACUUGAUGUCGACAAUCAUUUACACAACGUAUUUAACGUAUUAAUAUCCCUCAAAAGAAGGAAAGCAAUUGUUGUCGACUAAGAAGUUUUUCAAUUUAUUUCAAAUAAGUACUUAGUUAAGUUACGCAAUUAUUAUUUAGUACCAUAAAAAAUACAUUACAUCCAUAUGAAUCUCGAAAUACUCGUAGAAGAACUAGAUUGUAGAUUUGUAUAAAGAAUGCACUCUUAAUGUAUAUUUAAAAACUUCCCGAAAGACUUCCAUGUUCAUAUAUAAGAGUAACUGAAGCAAGUUGUCAUUACUACAUACAGUAUUCUCUCCAUAAUAUAACUGCUACAAUUUCAGGUCUGCCGAACGAUGGUUAUCGUAGAUGUACUAUAUUUUUUGUAGUGUUCCAAUCGUAUAGAAGGAUAACGAUUCAAAAAUCAAUAUUCCUUAUUUUUGAUUUAUCGUCAGUUGAACUUUUACCAUAGUAUUCAUCUUGUUUUUUUCCGAUUAAAAUAACACAAAACACGAUAUGAUUACGAUUAUAAUUACUUCUAUAACAUUAUUAUUAUUAUUGUAACUGCAAUACGUAUGGUGUUGGUUUAAUCAGAAAUACGAAACGGUAAAAGUUUCAUACAAAAGUAUCAAGAAUGAGAAAACUUGUAAUGUUUUGCUUCACCUUGCAUUGGAGCGAUUCUCGCUGGCUCGUAUGAUAAAGAGAGAGAGAGAGAGAGAGAGAGAGAGAGAGAGAGAGAGAGAGAGGCAGAUCUUUUUGACAGUUACGGAGAGAAUACUGCAACAUGAAUUAGAGUACGAGAGCGCAGGUGUAUACGAAUAAAAAAUGUGUCUUCACUGGAAAAGAACAAGGAAACGCGACUUCUUGCUUUCUUGUACUAUCAGUGAUAUAAAUAGAUAAUAGUAUGUACUUCUCUUUCCAUUCUUUCUCAAAUAAUUACGAGUUCUCUUAUUAACCUAUUUAUCUAUAAACUUCUCAAAAUAUAAUAAACUAUACAAAUCAGUGAAAUAUAAAUUCUUAAUGUA